AUGGCCAAAUCUUUCGCUAGAGCUUUGACCGGGGUCAUUGUGUUUGCCUACGGCCUAUUCACAAUCGCCCUCUAUGCACUGAUCUCCAUAUCGAAGGGGACGUAUUUCAAACGGCCCACCGAGAAAGAAAAAUUGGAGUUACAGCUCGCUCGCGACCGCUUGUGGAAUCUCUCCAAGGACUUUGAAGGCCUUUCCCACCACCUCUUGACCCUGCAGAGCGGGUUCAAGUUUCAUUUCCUGAGCAAUGAUACUCCCAACACCGCGGAAACAAUUGGUUCCAAGAAGCCAUUGGUCAUAUUCAUCCAUGGAUUCCCCGACAGUUGGGCUAUUUGGCGACACAUUAUCAAGAACCCUGCUUUGCAAGAGGCCGUGUCGAUCGUUGCGAUUGACCUGCCAGGAUAUGGAGGAACCGACAGUCUCGACAAAUAUACCGCGACUAACGUGCUGGAGAAGCUGACCGAGCUUAUCGUCACUCUGCGUACCCAGUAUGGCGUGGAUACCGAGACUGAGAGCAACAAAAAGAAGACUGUGAUCGUCGCUCAUGACUGGGGUUGCGUCUUGUCGAUGCGCCUUGCUGCCGAAGCUCCCUCUCUGGCUCAUCGGUUCAUCUUGUCCAAUGGACCGUCGAUGAAAUUGGUGGAGUCAAAUAUCCGCCGCCUACUAUUCUCGUCAAAGAAGAUGCUCGGCAAUGCCUGGCGCAAUCCCCUCCAAGCUCGUGUUCCCCUCACACAGGCAUUCCGAACCAUCUCCCCUCUCUUCCGCCAAAUCUUCCUCUCGGGGUACAUUUUUGCCAUGCAACUCCCCAUUCCCCUCGUCAACUACUUCCUGACUGCAGGCCAGCUGUCACUCUUGAGGUCCAUUCACAUCAGAUCCCAUGGCACAGCCAAGUACAGUACCCAAGACAUCGCCGAGAGCAUGGCCAGCAGCAUGGGACCAUCAGUCGCCGAGGCCAAAACCAAGACCGCCCAUGGUGACUCUUACCCUGUCACUCUGCAGGACGAGCGUGCAUUCGCGCACAUCAUUCACAUGGCAAACUACUACCGCCACCGGGCAUCGACCGCACGCUGGACCAAGUCCAUUGAAACCGUCGCCAGCCUGCACAGUAUCACCCCAGGAGCCGGGCGCGCAAGCAGUGGCGCGGGCCUCUUCAACGAAGGACCACCGGGAGCUUUGAAAGCUAGCACGACGGUGUUCUGGGGUAAGAAUGAUCUCGCGCUGGAUCGGAGAAUUUGUCUCGAUGGAAUGAGUGAUUUCCUGGUGCAGGGAUCGCAGAUUGUCUUGCUGCCUCGAACGGGCCACUGGACUCCGGUUGAGACAGAGAGUCGGGCGGCUCUUAUUAAGGCCGUGGAAUGGACAGUGCAGGGGGAGAAGGGGGAGAUCGGGGAUGCACUUCAAACCUCAUAUCCCGGUGUGCAGGUGACAUUCUCAAGAUAA